AUGCCUCCAGCAGUGUUUGGCUCCUCCGUACAAGUACCGUCGCUCACGACGCGCAACGCGAGCCGCGCACCAAGCAGCGUUGGAGGAAGUCUGGCCAACGCUGUCUUCGGCGUGCUCCUUUGCGUCUCUGCUUUGUUUAUUCGUGCCUAG